CAACAACAACAACACCAACAAUAUGCAAGCAAUCAAGUGUGUGGUAGUAGGUGAUGGUGCUGUGGGUAAAACUUGCCUUUUGAUUAGCUACACCACAAAUGCCUUUCCCGGUGAAUACAUACCCACUGUCUUCGACAACUAUUCGGCCAAUGUAAUGGUCGAUGCCAAACCCAUAAAUUUGGGUCUCUGGGAUACGGCUGGCCAAGAAGAUUACGAUCGUCUGCGACCCCUCUCCUAUCCCCAGACGGACGUGUUCCUCAUUUGUUUUUCACUCGUUAACCCGGCCUCAUUUGAGAAUGUACGUGCCAAAUGGUAUCCCGAGGUGCGUCACCACUGUCCCAAUGUACCCAUUAUUUUGGUUGGUACCAAACUCGAUUUACGUGACGAUAAGUCCACCAUUGAAAAGCUCAAGGAUAAAAAACUAACACCGAUUACCUAUCCCCAAGGCUUGGCAAUGGCCAAGGAAAUUGGUGCUGUCAAAUAUUUGGAAUGUUCUGCCUUAACUCAAAAGGGCCUGAAAACAGUAUUCGAUGAAGCCAUACGUUCGGUAUUGUGUCCAGUGAUGAGAGCCCCCAAGAAGCGUAGAUGUACAAUUCUCUAA